AUGCCUAUUCAACCGGUCAAUCGAUUGCCUACAGUGUCCGCCGCUGACGCACUGGAAGAAUUAGAUGGCGGUGUCGCUAGAUAUGUCUCUACAGGUAUUGGACGACUAGAUGAGGCUCUCAUAUCUUCUUCAUCUCUUCAGGCACCAGAUCCGACAAGCGGGGGGGGCCUCCAGAGAGGACAGGUUACGGAGAUUUGGGGACCACCAGGCUCAGGCAAGACUGCCCUAGGUAUUCAACUGGUCGCCAAUGCGCUAUGCGAGAGGCAUGGCGCUGUGUGGAUUGUGCGUAUUCAGUUUGCGGCCAUCGACUGA